CCUAAACUGUGAUGGGCUGUCAGCCAUCUUUGUUGGAGAGAAUGCAGGAAAGUGUUUGUUGAAUCGUAUUGUUCAAUAGUUUUAUAUUACAGAAGGUUAAAUGUCUGGACGUGCCAGAGGAAGAGCUAGAGGACGAGCACGUGGGGGUACAGAACCACCAGAACAGCAGAGUAGACGGCCUGGUGAACAGGCACAGGCUGAGCAUGUUGCUGCUGCACCACCACCACCUGCAGGAGCCGGUGGUCCGCCAGCUCCCAGUGGGAGAGCUUCAUACAGGGGAGGGGCGAGGGAGCCUCGGCCUGGAAUGGUUGGAGAGGUCCCUAGAGUUCCUGUAGAGGAGAUGCAGCAGAUGGCCAUCGGGACUGGAGAGGCCAGUGCGGUCGGACACAAACGUGCCGACUUCCGCUACAGUGAUUUGGCCACUCGACCUGCUCACAUCACAGACAAAAAAGGUACAUCUGGAAGGCCACUGUCUGUGUAUUCAAACUUCUUUAGACUUGAAACUGCAUCCCAAUGGAUGCUUUACCAGUACCACGUGGAUUACAGCCCACCAGUUGAAUCACGGAGGUUGAAAAUUGCUUUGCUGGUUUCUCAUGCUGAACUGCUUGGACAAGUGCGGGCAUUCGAUGGGAUGAUUUUGUAUCUUCCACGUAGACUUCAGGAGCAGAAGACUGAAGUCUUUUCUACGAGACAGUAUGAUGGGGAGCAAAUUAGAAUAACCAUAACCUUGACAAAUGAACUACCACCAAAUUCACCACAGUUCAUUCAAGUGGCAAACAUCAUUUUUAGGAGGAUUUUGUCUAUGAUUGACAUGAAGCAGAUUGGCAGGCAUUACUUUAACCCAUCAUUGUCGGUGAAUAUUCCAAAACACAAGCUGCAGGUGAUGCCUGGUUUCACUACUUCCAUUCUGCAGUACGAGACCAGUGUGCUCUUGGGUGCAGACAUAGCACAUAAGAUUCUCAGGAGCGACACCGUGCUUGACAUCCUGUACGAUAUGUACGAGCGUGGGGCUGGGUCGUUUUAUGAUGAUGCCUUUAAGAAAUUUGUUGGAUCCAUUUUACUGACCAGAUACAACAACAAGACGUACCGGUGUGACGAUAUUGACUGGGACAAACAUCCAACAGAUGCCUUCAAGCUGAGAAAUGGAACAGAAGUGACGUACAAAGCAUACUACAAGCAGCACUACGACAUUGAUAUCAAAGAUGAUGAUCAGCCCUUGUUUGUCAGCAAACCAUCCAAGAGUGAUGAAAGAAGGGGACAGACUGGUCCCAUAUAUCUCGUACCAGAGCUCUGCACACUGACUGGUCUGUCUGAUGAUGUGCGAGCUGAUUUCCAGGUUAUGAAGGAUGUUGCAACUCACACUCGGAUAGCUCCCGCAGUUAGAUGUGAAAAACUUUGCAGCUUCAUCAAACAAAUCAAUCAAAAUAAAGAGGUUGCAGAAUACAUGCAUGGUUGGGGUUUGAAGUUCAGUGAAAGUCUUCUGGAAGUCAAAGGCAGAGUCUGUCCUCAAGAAAAAAUAUUGCAGGGAAAUAAUGCAGUUGUGAACUACAGGCAAGAAGAUGCUGACUGGUCGAGGGACAUGCGUGGAAAACAACUUCUCGUGCCCGUCAAUCUUCAGAACUGGGUGGUGAUUGGAACACGAAGAGAUGCUGGUUUGGUCACUGAUCUCAUCUCCACACUGAACAGGGUGGGUCCACCCAUGGGUAUGAACUUUGACAAACCAAGAAUUGUGGAGUUGCCUAGCGAUAGAAAUGACAUGUACCUGAAUGCUUUGAAAGAAAAUAUUUCUCGGAACACGCAGAUGGUACUGUGUGUUGUACCCACAAACAAGAAAGACCGAUAUGAUGCUAUUAAAAAGACCUGUUGCCUUGAUCACCCAGUUCCCAGCCAAGUAGUUGUGUCCAGAACCAUUUCCAAGAAGCAGAUGUUGAUGAGUGUAGCCACAAAGAUAGCUAUUCAGCUGAACUGCAAGCUCGGGGGAGAGGUUUGGGCAGUAGAAAUUCCGCUUGGAAAUCUGAUGGUGAUUGGUAUCGAUUGCUAUCACGACUCGGCACAGAAAGGAAGAUCAGUGGGUGGUAUUGUGGCCAGUUUAAACCCGCUCCUGACUCGCUACUACUCGAGAUGCACAUUUCAACACAAUAUGCAAGAGCUCUGUGAUGGACUCAAAGUGUCGAUGAAUGGAGCUCUACAGCAGUAUCAUUCUGUGAAUGGAGCUCUGCCAGAGAAGAUCAUAGUCUACAGAGAUGGUGUGGGAGAUGGACAGCUGCCUGUUGUGUAUGAGCACGAAGUACCACAGAUGAUCCAGGCUAUUAAGAAGAGUGGAGGCCCAGGCUAUGACCCCAAAGUUGCAGUAGUGAUUGUCAAGAAACGAAUCAAUGCACGUUUCUUUGCUCAAGUUGGUGGAUAUGUCAAUCCCAUACCAGGAACAAUUGUUGAUUCAGAAGUGACAAAGCCUGAGUGGUACGACUUCUUCCUGAUAAGUCAAAGUGUGCGCCAGGGAACAGUGACACCAACGCAUUACAACAUAAUCUGGGAUAAAACUGGACUGAAGCCGGAUCACAUGCAGAGACUGGCAUACAAACUGACACAUCUCUACUACAACUGGCCGGGUACAAUUCGUGUUCCGGCACCUUGUCAGUAUGCACACAAACUUGCCUUCCUCGUUGGCCAGUCACUUCAUAAGGAGCCGUCCCCAGCCUUGGCAGACAGACUUUUCUUCUUGUGAUUGUGGCAAUAUUCACUGGUGCUUCAAGUUGCAACUGAGACAUAAGACUUGUUCAUUACAUACCAUUUGUUUAUAUGGUUCACUGCCAAUCACAUACCUUUUUUCUUUUUUUUUCUUCUGUUCAUCAUCUCAUUUAAUAUGCUUAGUAGUUAAGACAUUACAUUUUCUAAAUGGGAGAUGCUUUCAGAAGUUGUGUUCAUAAUAUUACCAUGCAUAACCUGAAAGAAAAAGGUUUUGUCAGCAAAAACAUGUUAGAAUUAUGGUGAAAAGAGAAAAAAACCCUAGUAUUACCUCUUUUCCCUUCACUUUAGUAAUGUUUGUAAAAUGGUGAUUAUUAGUUAAAUUGUUUUCUAAAACACAUAGUUCUUUUUGUAAUCAGUUUAUUCAAAAUGAGAUUUUCAUAAAGCUGACAUUGCAUUUUGUAAUGGUGAAAACAGAUUUUUUUAUUAUUAUUAUUUGGUUUGUUCAGGCUUUUUUUUUGGUUGUUUUUCUUCUUCUUCUUUUUAUAAUUAUACCACAGGUUGGUUGUGCAAAUGGCAAAAAGUAGUUAGGAAAUUAAAGUCAAGUAUUUUACUGUUAGCUAGUUAUUGGCUAGAUGUGCCAAAUUUAUGAAAAGAUUUUAAUAGUUUUGUUUAUAUUUUAGUUGAUUUGUAUUCAUGGAUUAGAAUUUUAUUGGGAAUUGAUAAACCAACCAUCAUCCAAUGUUAUUACCUGACUUGUAGUUUAGUGAAAAGCAACAGAACCAGCAUGUUGUAAUGAUUCAAUUUGCUUGUUUUAAAAAUGCUGCAAUAAAAACAAUUUUUUUUUUUUAAAGAACAUAAGAAGCUUGAUUUGGUUUUGUUGGGAUUUUUUUGCAAGUAUUUGAUUUCAUACAAGUUGAAUGAAGAGCAUUUUCCUUUCUUUGUUCCUCUGUGCAACAUUUGGUUCAGUUUUGUUAAAAGUACAUUGAUGAUUACAUUCCACUGGUUUAUUCACAUUUGCUAAAAUUGCAUACUCAGUAUAGUUUCUUGUUUAAAAUAUCAGUUUCUGUAAAUUCAGCUGUAACUGGUUGUCAUAAUGUUUAUAAGAGGCCCAAACUGGAUUUCGUAUCCAGUCGUAUAUAUUGGGAAAUAAAAUAAGGUUUGACCUAGUACCAAUACAGGAUGAUCAGAAACGCAUUUAAUACACCGCCAUUGAUAUUUAAUGUAGAAGAAAAUUUAUUUAAUAAUGCAAUUUUAGUCUUAAAACUUAAAAUAUCUGUUGGUUGACAAAAAAUUGGACAGUCCUUAUAAAUUCAUGAUUUCUAAAAUGGAUGGCUUGUAUGUUUCUUGUGAAAUGUUCAAUGAUUUUUCUGGUAGCUUUUUUAAGGAUGGCUAUGAAAUUUGAUAAUAAAAGGAAAACAAAAAUUAAUGUUUAGCCAGUAAGGUCUACAAACAUUGAGCUUGUACAUGUAUACUAAUACAAGGUCAGGUUAGUUUUGGACGUAAACUGAGUGCAACUCUUUAAUUGCAGAGACAGUUCCAAGUUCACUGCAGUGUUGAGAAAGCAAGAAAUGUUUUAUUUAAUGAUGUGCUCAGCACAUUUAAAUUACGGUUAUAUAGUUGUGGACCAAAAAGAUUGUUAAGGAGGAAACCUUUUGUUGCUACACCAUGGAUUACUAAUUUUGAUUAAUAGCAAAGGAUCUUUUAUAUUCACCAUCCCACAGACUGGAUAGUGCAUACUAUGGCCUUUGUUAACCGGUUGUGGAGGACUGCCCAGAACAAAAACUAGUUUGACAGGGAUUGAUCCUGGGCCAACGAUGCAUUAGGUGAGCACCUGCUGCAUCCUUACCCAUAUCAUUGUCGACAUGUUUCCUUCAAAUAAGAACCUUUAAUGACUAAAAUUGCACAUUCAAUAGAUCAUCUUUUGAUUUCUUAUGUAUUUGUUGUCCUAAUUAUAGUAGUUCGGAAAUUACAUUUACUAUUGCAGACCUCGCCAUUCAAGGGGAGCUAACACUAUCACUCCCCGAGACUAGUUGAAGGACUAAUUUUUAGCAUGUGAAUUUAUAUGGCAUCAGUAUAAUUGUUCUCCAUAAUAUAAGUUAAUGGAGGAAUUAAUCGUUCCCCACAAUUUUAAUUUCGUGGAAAUUGCUGAUGUAUCAUUUUUCAUACGUAGGAAAUUAUUGUAUACACAAACACUGAUGUUCUAAACAAGAAAAUGUAUUUAAUAUGUAAUUUAGUGCUGAAGAGUAUUGUUAGAUGGAAAUAUGAGAAUGGCAAACUCGUGAGAGUCGUUGAAUCCUUCAUGAAUGUCUUAAAUAACAUUCCAGCAUGUAUGUAUCACAAUGUUAACAAAUGAUUGCUGCAGUGUCGAUCGUAAAGUCUGUAAUAAAAGUUUUUUUAAAAGUUCAAUUUUCUGUUUAAAGAUUGUGAAAAUGAUAUAUAUUUCUUAAGAAGGUGUUAAUGUUUAAAGUUUAGAAUAUAAAUUUGUUUUGUUUAUACAUGAAUGGGUGUGUGUUUAACGAAAUCUCAGCACAAAAUUGUUCUGGUGUUACUUUUUGUUUUUCAAGCAGCGAGUUGAGUUAAGCUUGAUGUCUUUUUCAGCAUCCUGUUUUUGGGGUUUUUUAAAGAAUAUUUUUGGAGUUAAAAUAUUUACUUUGUUGGGUGAAAAUUUUGACAAUAUUGAGACAUCUUGUUUGUUUUUCUUUCAUGUUUAAUACCUACCGUUUGUCUUGAUUGACCACAUCUGUAAUGUGCAGCUUUACACAAACCCUAGUUUAUAAUCCCACAAAAUCUGUUAAAGGGACAUUCCUGAGUUUGCUGCAAUUUUUAAGAUGUUAUAGACUAACAGACUUUCUAACGAAUGUAAUUACAUAUCAAAUAUAUUUUUCUGCAUAAAAUAUUAGCGGCUGU